AUGUGCCUUAAGCAGAAGAAAGGAAGCAGUCUACUUAGUUUUUAAACUGGAGCAGUACCCAUUCUGUAAGAAAUAUAACAAGGAAAAACAACAAAUACAAAGGACACACUGUUUUAACACUGUAAACAUCUGGAAAGAAACGCACACCUGCUUCAAAUUCGUUGCAGGAUUACGCGAGAGAUACCAUCGCAACACACAGGUAAUCGACACGCCUGGAUUUAGUUGCGUUGGUCCCCUGUGUAUAAAUUAAUAAGCAAGUGCCGUACGAAAUUAAAUGGCAAUUUAAAGGGACACAAAAACAACAUUAAAAAAAAAAAUUAUAAAAGUUAUAAAUUAGAAAACAUACUGGGCUACAGAUGAAGACCGUCUGCUUUGUGUUAAGAUUUUAAGAGGUACGGGUAGCGCUGGAAAUACAUCUGCCUACCUGCCGCUGCUGCUGCUAUUGUGAUGUGCGACAUUUAUGACUUUUAAGCAAUGGUGCUAAGGGUUUUACAGACAGUAGCAUACAGCUGUUGUAUUUUAAAGAACAUUCACAAGCGUGCACCUCUAGGGAAGUAUUGCUGUUAUUUGAACGCCAAGAACGAAUAAGGCAUCAUUACAAGGCCACUUUUACAUAUUGGCAAAUUCAGGGCGAAUGCAAAUUUAGCACUGCGCAUAAACAAAGACUGUCGAUAUAAACCGUGAUUGCAAUUGAAAGUUGGUUACGGUUUUGCCUUUUAAAUAUAUGUUUUACCGACCCCUUUGAAAAGACAUAAACGUGGUCAGGAUUUGAUCAUGACUGGAUUUUGGGGGCAAAUUAGCUUGUGACAAUACCUGGCAUCAUUGCGUCCUCAUAAAGAAACACCCAGCCCCACUUGAACAGGCUGUAUAAAACCUCACAGAUAAUGCAAACCCAGAAGUUAAUGCAUUAAUGGAAACUUCCUUUUUAAACAUCCUUACACAAAAUCGAUACCCUUGCCAAGGAUUACGACAAGCAGCACAAUAGGUAAUCUCAACCUGCUCUCUCGAGUGUCUCGAGCACUGUUCACUGAAUAGGUGCAUCCUAUUGAAAUGACAACACAAGAUUGUGUCUCAGCUGAUGCACCAGAAGGAAGGAUCUUCGCGUACAGUCCACAGUGAGGCUACAAUCGCAGUAGUCACAAGGGUAUUUUGGUAGUGUUUUGAAGCUUCGCGGUGGCUUUCAUCAGUACACCUAAAGACUUUAAAUUGGACCCCCAUCAAAGAUACUCUUGAUCACACAGGCGUUGAAAUCACAAAAUACCUAUUUUGAUUCUGGAUAAACGGCAAACUUGGAAAAUAACCUUUUCACCAUACAGCAAGAAAGUAACAGUUCCUUGGAAGGAUAGACACAGCGUCGUCUAAAACACAUUUUCAGAAAGCUUGUUCAAUUUUCAACAGUACAGUCGAAUCAGGUGUACUUAACUUUACAUCAUCGUUGAAUUGUAGGGACAAAUCUCAAACUGAAAAAACGGACGAAAUCGAAGUGACGACAGUAGUUCGAAAUAGUACCAAGACGCUAGUGAGAAACAGUUUCAGUGGGAUCUAAUAUAAUCAUGGAGUGUGCUGUGGCUUUCCUUGCACUGCUAUUAUUUGCAGGCACAAGUUCAGCCAAGCGUGUGGUGACAGUUCAGACAGGCACUCUGUACCGGACAGUGGACUCCCACAUUACAAUCUGGUGCAAUGUUAGUGGCUACCAGGGCACUAUGGAGCAAGACUUCCAGUGGUCUAUCUACCUGAGCUCUGCCCCUGAGCGGGAGAUCCAGAUCAUCAGCACCAAGGACCCCAACUAUGCCUACGCACUGUACGGAGAGCGAGUGCGGAGCAAGGAAAUCUACAUCGAGAGGGUGAGCGGGGACUCGGUACUGCUGCACAUUACGAAACUCCAACAGCAGGACCAGGGGGAGUAUGAGUGCUACACACCCAACACUGACACUCACUUCCUGGGAGUGUACAGUGCCAAAAUGAACCUCACCGUUAUACCAGACACUCUGAGUGUGUCCUCGGCUGGCCAGACUCUCAGCAAAGUGGAGGGGGAACAUCUGAGUCUUACCUGUGAAGUUUCAAAGCAGACAUCCCAGCACAGCCACCUCUCUGUGGGCUGGUUCCUGCACACAGCCGGUCAGACAGCUGCCCAGGAGAUCAUCACUCUCUCCCGGGACUUUGUGCUACGCCCGGGGGGAGCCUAUAGGCAGCGGUACUCCUCGGGGGACGUGCGGCUCGACAAGACUGGCAGCACCUCCUACAAGCUGACUGUCUACAUGCUGCAGCCCUCCGACCAGGGCGAGAUCUACUGUGAAGCCACAGAGUGGAUUCAGGACCCCGACAGGUCAUGGUUUGCCUUGACCAGAAAACAGGCUGACAAGAAUGUGAUUAACAUACAGGCCACAGACAAGGAAUUCAACAUCCAGAUUAACACAGAGAGACGGGCCUACACGGCUGGAGAGCCUGCGGAGCUCAGGUGCGUCAUUGAUGCUCAGAGCAUCCCUGAACGCUACUUCUCUGUGUCCUGGGUGUUCAACAGCACCCAGGUGGCUGUCAUGGGCCCCAACGCCGUGCCUGUCCUGAAUGGGGACUACGCAUUGAGGGAGGGGGACGGCAAGCUGACCUUCCGCAAGGAGAGUGAUGCCAUCUACCUCCUGAAGAUCCACCAGCUGCGCCAGGAGGACACUGGGAAGUACAUCUGCCGUGUCACAGAGAGAGAGAAAACUGCAACUGGUGACUUCAUUGACAAAAACAAGAGAUCCAGGAAUGUUCAAAUCUCCAUUCAACCACAGAAAAGCAUUAUCACAGUGUCAGUUACAAGUAAUUCAAGCAAUGUGCCCGAAGGCAGCGCUGUUCAUUUUACCUGCACUGUGAAUUCCAUCACGGAGAACCAAGGCCGUCUGUCUGUGUCCUGGAAGCUGACAGACAAACAGAGCCAGGCACUGGAGAUUGUGUCUGUGGACCAGGAGGGGAUGGUUGUCCCAAGCCCUUCAUAUCGGGAGCGCAGCAGCUAUGGGGAGGUGCGGGUGGAGAGAGUGCGGAUGGGCACCUUCACCCUGUCGGUCUACAACACUCUCCCGAAGGAUCAGGGCCUCUACACUUGCACUGUCGCCGAGUGGGUCAAGGGGCCGAGAGAUGAAUGGGAAAUGAUUGGGGAGAAGUCAGCCGGCACACCUGUGACUGUCACCGCAGUGGAGUCUAUUUUCUUCAUGGCCGCUUCCUCAAGAACCCCCAGCGUUACCUACAACGAAUCCUUUGACCUCCAGUGCAUCGUAAAGCCCCGCUACAACCCCUGGGUACCUGCUUCCGUGACCUGGCGUUUCAAGCCUGUCAACGGCACAGAGUUCCAAGACCUGGUCACCUUCACCCGCGAUGGCAGCUUGCAGUGGGGAGACCGCUACUCCAGCUUCGGCAUCAGAACUACCAUCGACAAGUCAGCUUCCAACAGCAACUUCCGUCUGAGCAUCAGCAGGGCCAGCGAGCAGGAAGCCGGCACAUACCAGUGCGCUGCUGAGCUAUGGAGGAAGAACUACGACAACACCUGGACCAAGAUCACCAACAGGACCUCCAAUCUGCUGGGGAUCAAAGUGCUGCAGCCUGCGAGCAAACUGCGCGUCAGCAAAUCCGACAUGACCCUGGUGUUUGCCGAAGACAGUCGUGUUCCACUCAACUGCACGAUCGCUUCUCAGACCAGCCCGGACGCCCAGUACACAGUCCUGUGGUACGCCAUGAAAGAGGAUGAGACAGACGCUGAGCUCCUACUCAAGAUCAAUCAUAACUCUGCUUUUGAGUAUGGCACCUACGCGGAAGAGGAGAGACUGAAGAGCCGGGUGCAGUCUGAGCGUCUCUCCCCGCAGCUCUACAGCCUCACCCUGCACCAGGCCGAGCUCAGUGACAGCGGCAGCUACUACUGCAGAGUGGAGGAGUGGCUGCUCGACCCCAACAAUGCCUGGUACAAGUUAACUGAGGAGACUUCGGGGUUAACCAAGGUCACUAUUAAACGGCCAGAAAUCAGGCUUCAGGUAGAGGAAUCUGAAUCCAACAUUACAGUGAAAGAGGAGGAAGCCUUCACACUGGGCUGCAGCGUCUCCUCCUCGUCCAGCAAAGACUCCCGCUUCUCCGUCUCCUGGUAUGUCAUCAGCAGUGAGAACCCCGAGCGAGAGUGCGUCUUCUCCAUCGGACACGACAACGUCUUCGGGAACGGCAACUGCAGCUCCUCCGAGGGGCAGGGCCCUGGGUCCAGGCUGCAAUUUGAAAGGACCUCUGCUGAGUCCUACAGCUUGACGAUACAGAAGGCCAGACUUUCAGAUUCUGGGAACUACUACUGCCAGGUGGAGGAGUGGCUUCUCGACCCAAGGAAUGCCUGGUACCACCUGGCAGAGGCUAAUUCUGGGGUGACCGUUGUCUCUGUGCUUGAGCAAGGUUCUUCUCUGCAGUCAGUCAUCUGUUCCAAUGACUCGCUCUUCUACUUCAUCUUCUUCUACCCGUUUCCCAUUUUUGGGAUUUUGCUGAUCACCAUUCUGUUGGUGCGCUAUAAGGCUCGCAACUCCAGCAAGAAUUCGGAAGGUAAAAAUGGCGCCCCUCUGCUGUGGAUCAAAGAGCCUCACAUCAACUACUCCCCCACCUGCCUGGAGGCCCCCAGCCUCAACCUCCACCCAGGCUCUGUGGAGUAACCUAGGCCACUUUUCAAAAAGAGCAGGCAACUAUGAUGAGAGCGACUUUGGGGCUGCAGCCAGUGUGCAGUUAACAAUCUCCAGUGACUUGCUAAUUGAGUCUCAAACCCGUCGGCCAUCUAUUUCCGUGACCUAUCAGUGAGACCUUCCUGAUUUUAGAAAUUAGCAGCAGCAUCAUGCCAGUCUUGUAGUUCCUAAAUCCCCACCGGCCAGCAUAUAUACAACCACCAAAACCCCUGUAGGAUCAAUCCCUUGACCUCAGUCUAACAACUUCUACCAAUAAUAACACCCCGGAAAGUACUGUAGUAAACUAAUAUCUAGGUUGACUGCCAUUUGCUUUAACUUGUUUUGAAAAGGUCAGUUUUCCUCUUUAAUGGUUUUAUUGUAUCUAUAUAAACUCUUACAGCAUUGCAAUAUCUUGAGACAGUAAGAAGAAUAAAAGUUGAGUCAAUAUACAGCUUUGGAUGCAGAAGGAGUAUAAAUAUCCACAGAAAAGGAAAGGCACGAAAAGAUUUAGUUUUUACUUGAAAAAUCAGUGAAAGUCACUUGGAUAAGAGAUCAAAAUACCUUGAUUAUCAAAGCACAACCGUCUCCUAAAAUGCGAAAACUGCAAAGUUGCGGCAAUUUUUCAGAAUCCCUAAACUGCAAAGGAUAUCUUGGAGAGAGCAUGUUGCCAGUGCAGUUUUAAAAUGAGCAUCAUGAGUCUUUAAAUGAAAACAACGUGAAUUCCACAGUACUGGAGUAUGGCUGAGCAUGGCAAUGCAGGGCACGCCUUUCUGAACUGCACUAGAAAUACUUGGAUUCCAGGAUGGAAGAGGUUUGAGUUGAAUCAUACUGGAUAUGUGUGGGUUACUGUGGCACGCUGUGGAGAUCAGUGAACAACAAUGCUACAAUGCUCUUGUUUAAGCCGCUGUUGUAUUAUUUUUCAGUAUAUCUGUGAUUUAAUGAACAACUAACACGUUCUUUGGUUGCAGUUAGUAGUUUUUAUUUUACACUGUAGAAGCUAGUGUGUUGGUGCUAAAUGUACCCUGUUUUAUGCCAAUGAGAGAUUUUCUUGCUAAUUGCUGGAUGUCCACCCUAGGCGUGAUGUAGACAAACUUGAACAUUCAGUGUAGACAUAAGAGGUGAACCUACUGAAUACAUGUUUUUCAAGCACUGUCUUCAUUGUGUAGCUAACAUUAAUAUUAGUGGUGCCAUGACAGUGCCAUUGUCUACAAAACGUUAAGUUUAAUGUAAUAACAUUUUCAGUAUUUGCUGUCUGCAUAACUA